AUGUCCGGCUGUGCUGGGUUCAAUGACAUUAUUGGGAGGAAUGCCCGCAUCAUUGACGAUGAGGAUAAAUCAAGAAAUACCGUCAGCCCAGCCGCGAUUCAUACAGAGGGAGAUAUCGGUCUGUCUGUUACUGUUCAUGGGGGUGUUGAGAAACCAGCCAUUGAGGGAAGAGAAUCCGCGCGACGCAAGAUGAUCUACUUGAAUUGGGAUAACUAG